AUGUCUGCAGGGAGGAGGGAGGCGGCUCUUUAUCUCAAGAGACCGGAAGAAGAUUCCUGGCCAUUCAGAAUGGUUUCCCAGGGCUCCUCACCCUCCCUGCUGGAGGCCCUGAGCAGCGACUUCCUAGCCUGUAAAAUCUGCCUGGAGCAGCUGCGGGUGCCCAAAACGUUGCCCUGCCUGCAUACCUACUGCCAGGACUGCCUGGCCCAGUUGGCCGAGGGCAGCCACCUCCGAUGCCCUGAGUGCCGUGAGUCCGUGCCUGUGCCGCCCACGGGCGUGGCUGCCUUCAAGACCAACUUCUUUGUCAACGGGCUCCUGGAUUUGGUGAAGGCCCGAGCCGGUGGAGACCUGCGCGCAGGGAAGCCGGCCUGUGCACUGUGCCCGCUGAUGGGAGGCGCCAGCGCCGGGGGGCCAGCCACAGCCCGGUGCCUGGACUGCGCCGACGACUUGUGCCAGGCCUGUGCCGAUGGGCACCGCUGCACUCGGCAGACCCACAGCCACCGAGUGGUGGACCUGGUGGGCUACAGGGCAGGGUGGUACGACGAGGAGGCCCGGGAGCGCCAGGCGGCCCAGUGUCCCCAGCACCCGGGGGAGUCCCUGCGCUUCCUUUGCCAGCCCUGCUCCCAGCUGCUGUGCCGGGAGUGUCGCCUGGACCCCCACCUGGACCACCCCUGCCUGCCCCUGGCCGAGGCUGUGCGUGCCCGGAGGCCAGGCCUCGAGGGGCUACUGGCGGGCAUGGACAGCAACCUGGCCAAGCUGGAGGCCACCCGGCUGGCGGAAGAGGAAGCCUUGGCCUGUCUGCGGGAGCAGGCAGCCAAGGUGGGCACGCAGGUGGAAGAGGCGGCCGAGGGGGUCCUCCGGGCCCUCCUGGCCCAGAAGCAGGAGGUGCUGGGGCAGCUACGGGCCCACGUGGAGGCUGCCGAGGAGGCUGCACGGGAGAGGCUGGGGGAGCUGGAGAGCCGGGCACAGGUGGCCAGGGAGGCGGCGGCCUUUGCCCGUCGCGUGCUCAGCCUGGGUCGGGAGGCCGAGAUACUCUCGCUGGAGGGGGCAAUUGCCCAAAGGCUUCAGCAGCUGCAGUGUUGUCCCUGGAUGCCUGGGCCAGCCCCCUGCCUGCUGCCCCAGCUGGAGCUCCAUCCUGGACUUCUGGACAAGAACCGCCAGCUGCUAAGGCUCUCCUUUGAGGAGCAGCAGCCCCAGAAGGACAGCGGGAAAGACGGAACCAGAAGCCAGGGAGGCGAUGAAACCCAGCCCCAGAGCAGGGACGGAGGCCAGACCCCAGAGCAGGACAGCGCGCAGCCACCCCAGGAAGAUGGAGCCCAGACCCUAAAGGCGGAGAGAGCCGAGACUCCCCAAGAAGAUGGAGCCCAGACCCCGAAAGAGGGCAGAGCCCAGACACCCCAGGAAGAUGGAGGAACCCAGUCCCCAAGGGGUGGCAGAUCCAACAAGAAGAGGAAAUUCAAAGGCAGGCUCAAGUCCGUUUCCCGGGAGCCCAGCCCAGCACCUGGGCCGAACCUGGAGGGCUCUGGCCUCCUCCCCAGGCCCAUCUUUUUCUGCAGCUUCCCCACGCGGAUGCCGGGGGACAAGCGGUCUCCCCGGAUCACCGGGCUCUGUCCCUUUGGCUCCCGGGAGAUCCUGGUGGCAGAUGAGCAGAACAGGGCCCUGAAGCGCUUCUCCCUCAAUGGCGACUACAAGGGCGCGGUGCCCGUCCCUGACGGCUGCUCCCCAUGCAGCGUGGCCACCCUGCAGGACGCCGUGGCCUUCUCGGCUGGCGCUCGGCUCUAUCUCAUCCGCCCCAAUGGCGAGGUGCAGUGGCGCCGGGCGCUCAGCCUCUGCCAGGCCAGCCACGCCGUGGCCGCCAUGCCGAGCGGGGACCGGGUGGCCGUCAGCGUGUCAGGCCAUGUGGAGGUGUACAACAUGGAAGGCAGCCUGGCCACCCGGUUUAUCCCUGGGGGCAAGGCCAGCCGGGGCCUGCGGGCACUAGUGUUCCUGACCGCCAGCCCCCAGGGCAAUUUCGUGGGGUCAGAUUGGCAGCAGAAUAGCUUGGUGGUCUGUGACGGGCUGGGCCAGGUGAUCGGGGAAUACCGGGGGCCGGGCCUGCACGGCUGCCAGCCAGGCUCUGUGUCCGUGGAUAAGAAGGGCUACAUCUUUCUGACCCUUCGAGAGGUCAACAAGGUGGUGAUCCUCGAUCCGAAGGGGUCGCUGCUCGGUGACUUCCUGACGGCCUAUCACGGCCUGGAAAAGCCCCGGGUGACCACCAUGGUGGAUGGCAGGUACCUGGUUGUGUCCCUCAGUAAUGGGACCAUCCAUGUCUUUCGGGUCCGCCCUCCUGACAGUUAAAGGGCUGGGACUGGAGAGACACUUCGGGGUGGGGGGACUGGGGUGGGUAGAGAGAAGGGAAGCAGGGCGGCCCGAGGGAUGUGGUGGCCGAGGGCAUUUUCCCAGACAGCAGGGGUUGGCAACUUUUCAAGGUGAGGUGCGA